CUCAACGGUUACAGAAAACCAAGUAAAGAAACGAAGAAUACGCGGUGACCACUAACGACUCUCUCCCUCAUCAAUGGCAACCAAAGUGUAUAUUGUGUACUAUUCCAUGUAUGGACAUGUAGAGAAAUUAGCAGAAGAGAUAAAGAAGGGGGCUGCAUCAGUUGAAGGUGUUGAAGCCAAAUUAUGGCAGGUACCAGAAACACUUUCAGAUGAGGUGCUUGGGAAGAUGAGUGCACCACCAAAGAGUGACGUACCCAUCAUUACCCCAAAUGAACUUGCUGAGGCCGAUGGGUUGAUUUUUGGCUUCCCUACAAGAUUUGGGAUGAUGGCUGCACAAUUCAAAGCAUUUUUGGAUGCAACUGGAGGUCUGUGGAGGACACAGCAGCUUGCGGGAAAGCCUGCUGGCAUCUUCUAUAGCACUGGAUCUCAAGGUGGCGGACAGGAGACAACUCCGUUGACUGCCAUCACUCAGCUUGUUCACCACGGAAUGAUAUUUGUUCCCAUUGGUUAUACAUUUGGUGCUGGCAUGUUCGAGAUGGAAAAGGUGAAAGGUGGGAGCCCCUAUGGUGCUGGCACUUACGCAGGAGAUGGUUCAAGACAGCCUUCUGAAAUCGAGUUAGAGCAAGCUUUCCACCAAGGGAAGUACAUUUCCAACAUCACAAAGAAACUCAAGGAAGCUGCUUAGAUCUCAUUUCACUAUCAAGUCACCAUUUUACUCAUUCAAGUAUAAAGUUACCAAUUUGUCCCCCAUAUUUUUCUUUUCGUUUCAAUCAAGAAUUUCAAUUUCCUACAUAAAUUCACAGAGUACGGAACAAUAAUUUUGUUGGAUAUAUAAUUUGUAUGUGUGUUGAUUACAUCGGUACCUGCGGUUUCCGUUAAUGAUAAAAGUUUGCUUUCUC